CAGUCCUCCCCACCAGCCAAUCGGGUAAAUCCUAUAAAUGCUCUUGGUCGUCUGCAGACGAAGAAGUCACCUCCCGGGACGCUCGCGCUCUCCCGAGUGAGGCAUGUGUUCGUUUUGAAGUGUCUGUUUUGGUCAUCCUCAUCGGUGAUCAGCGCAACGAUCGAAUCAUGUGGAAGCUGCUGUGGGCGGCUGUUCUGGUGGCCGUGCUCUCCACGUGUCAUGCAGAUACAAAUCAUGAGAGAAGCAAACGUGCAAUAGAGAACAGCCCACAGUUUCAGGGUUACGUCUAUGAGCCACCAUCUAAACCUUUCACUUUACCCACUGAAGGGUCACGGACAAGCCUAGUAUAUAGGCCGACGACGGUGACAUUGCCACCGUACACUUAUACAACUCCAAGGAUUCAAACGAUAAGAACAGUACCACCGUCACUAAAAACAUCAACACAAAGUGUAGUGACACAGUAUACAACCCCGAGGACGUUUCCGCCGUAUACUUCUACAACUCCAAGGAUUCAAACAACGAUAAGAACACAGCCACCGAGAACAGAUGGAUAUGUAUACACUACUCCGAAGAUUCCAUUUGAAACUCCACCAAGGACGCCACCGCCGCCACCAAGAACACCACCGCCACCACCAAGAACGCCACCACCACCACCAAGAACGUCAACAUAUGUGAUAACAGAAAAAUAUACAACUACAACCCCAAGAACAUUCCCGCCACCGCCACCACCACCAAGAACGCCGCCACCGCCGCCUAGAACACCGCCACCACCACCUAGAACACCACCGCCACCAAGAACAACUGAAGGAUAUGUUUAUUCAACUCCAGAUACAGAGUUUACGUUACCGCCAAGAACACCGCCACCAAGAACACCUCCCCCACAAACUCCACCGCCAAGAACACCGCCACCGUAUAUUCCGCCCCCACAAACACCUCCACCACGAACCCCGCCACCAUACACACCUCCCCCACAAACUCCACCGCCAAGAACACCGCCACCGUAUAUUCCGCCCCCACAAACACCUCCACCAAGAACCCCGCCACCAUACAGACCUCCCCCACAAACUCCACCGCCAAGAACGCCGCCACCGUAUAUUCCGCCCCCACAAACUCCUCCACCAAGAACUCCGCCACCAUAUACACGACCUCCACAAACUCCUCCACCGAGAACACCGCCGCCAUACGUACCGCCUCCUCAAACUCCUCCACCGAGAACGCCACCACCAUAUAUACCUCCCCCGCAAACUCCGCCACCAAGAACUCCGCCACCAUAUACUCCUCCACCAUAUACUCCUCCUCCACGAACUCCUCCACCAAGAACGCCACCUCCAUAUAUACCUCCCCCACAAACGCCUCCACCAAGAACACCACCACCAUAUUUACCACCUGUUAAGACUCCACCUCCACGUACUCCUCCACCAAGAACGCCGCCGCCAUACACACCUCCCCCACAAACACCUCCACCAAGAACACCGCCACCAUAUAUUCCUCCUCCACAAACUCCGCCACCAAGAACACCACCACCAUAUACUCCUCCUCCACGAACUCCUCCACCGAGAACGCCACCUCCAUAUACACCUCCUCCACAAACGCCUCCACCAAGAACACCACCACCAUAUUUACCACCUGUUAAGACUCCACCUCCACGUACUCCUCCACCAAGAACGCCGCCGCCAUACACACCUCCCCCACAAACACCUCCACCGAGAACACCGCCACCAUAUACUCCUCCUCCACGAACUCCUCCACCGAGAACGCCACCUCCAUAUAUACCUCCCCCACAAACGCCUCCACCAUAUUUACCACCUGUUAAGACUCCACCUCCACGUACUCCUCCACCAAGAACGCCGCCACCAUAUACACGACCGCCACAAACUCCUCCACCAAGAACACCGCCACCAAGAACGCCGCCACCAUAUACACGACCGCCACAAACUCCACCGCCAAGAACGCCGCCACCGUAUAUUCCGCCCCCACAAACUCCUCCACCAAGAACCCCGCCACCAUAUACACGACCUCCACAAACCCCUCCACCGAGAACGCCGCCACCACGUACACCUCCUCCGCAAACUUUCCCACCAAGGACUCCGCCUCCUCGAACGCCAGGAUAUGUAUACACUACACCAGAAUCCGUCUUUACAUAUCCUCCCGCCACCAGGCCACCACCACCACCUCCUCCACCCAAAACUGCGCCUCCUUAUCUACCGCCUUCAACAACGGAACCAUAUGAAUAUGAAAUUGGACCACACGAGUCCUCACAGGGAAGUUAUUUUACGAAACCAACCACCUCACGGCCUCCACCAUUUACUGAGAGAACCACGCAAAAAAUUACACAAUAUACCACUCGACCUCCACCAUUUAGUGAGAGAACCACGCAAAGAACUACACAAUAUACCACUCGACCUCCACCAUUUAGUGAGAGAACCACGCAAAGAACUACACAAUAUACCACUCGACCUCCACCAUUUACUGAGAGAACCACGCAAAGAACUACACAAUAUACCACUCGACCUCCACCAUUUACUGAGAGAACCACGCAAAGAACUACACAAUAUACUACUCGACCUCCACCAUUUACUGAAAGGACCACGCAAUAUACUCGCCAGCCAUCUACCUAUCUUCCGCCACCCACCCCAAGUUAUACUCCAAGUAUACGUACAACGCCUUCUACAAUCAUAUACACUCCAACUACAACUAGAUACACUCCAACCACGACUAGAUACACUCCACCUACGACUAGAUAUACUCCACCCGUCACAAGAUACACUCCAACUACGCCUCCCACCACAAGAUAUACUCCAACUUUUAGAACAACAGCUUCUAUCUAUUUACCGCCCAGAACUACUCAACCAACCACUAAGUACACACCACCUCCUCCACAAACCCGACCACCACCAUAUCUUCCACCGUCAACUCCGAGGCCAGUAUAUUCAACAGUGACGGCGCCACCGCCACCCACGCCAAUUUACAGCAUCACACCCAGCACGCCAACUUCACCGCCACCGACCGGAAGACCAGCACCACCCCCAACUCUACCGCCCACGACACCCAGGCCAUCCGUAGGAUAUAAUUACCCGAUUCCCGACAUCCCGUUUGAAACUCGCAAACGAUGAGAGCCAUUGAUGUGGGCAGCUUGAAGCGCGUUACUGAUCAAUGAAAUCUUGAAUAUUAGUAUGCAUAAUAUUAAUAUUAGCAAGGAUUAUUUAAUGGCCUGUCCGAUGGUAGCGCUGAAUCAUUUGUCGAACAUUUAGACAGUAUCGCUUUUUUUAUAUAUCGAUCGUUUUUGCCACACUGUUUUUUUUUCAAACAAAAAUUUAAUCGACCAACGAGUGUCUUUUUACAUGUGUAAUGAGUGUGGAAAAAAAUAAAAGUUUUUAGAAAAAUCUUACCUACAUAUCAUUUCGUCUUAACGUAUGGCUUUGAUUCGACAGUGUGCAUACAUUAAAAUUAGAAAUAAUUUCCAAAUGUUACAUAUAUUACAUCGUUAUAAAAUUCAGCGAUGCAUUUAAUGUGUGAAAAUGAGGCGUGUAGAGGAUUGUAUAAAUUGCUCUAAUCAGCAUGAGAUGCAUGUUUGUACAUUUGAAAGCGCAAUUAUAACAAUGCGUAUAUGUCUAACAACGAUUGCACAGUUUUAUUUCGUUUCUUAAAUAAAUUAACAAAUUAACAUACAAUAU